AGAAGACACUGGAGAUUGUGUGUGGGUGCGCGUGUGUGCGCGCCUGCGGGUGAUCGGAGGGGUGUGGUGACGGAUCCUCGCACAUAAAACGCCGCGAGUAGAGCUGAGGGGUCUCCAAACGGUGUGCGGAGAAAAAGAGAAGUAAACACACGAGAUGAUGUGGACCAUUCUCCUGCUUGUCCUGCUUUACUUGGUUUUCAGGCGCAGAACGAGGUCAAAGAAUGAGCCUCCUCUAGACAAAGGAAUCAUCCCCUGGUUGGGCCACGCACUUGAAUUUGGGAAAGAUGCUUCCAAGUUUAUAAGUCGAAUGAAGCAGAAACAUGGUGACAUUUUCACUGUGCAUGCAGCUGGGCACUACGUGACGGUGCUGCUGGAUCCACACUCGUACGAUGAAGUCAUCAAUGACCCAGUUUCCCUCGACUUUACCCGCUAUGCGCAGGUGCUCAUGGAGAGGAUCUUCAACCUGCGGCUCCCGCACCACCAGGUGGACAAGGCGAAAGAAGUGAUGAAAAGGCACUUACUUGGAAUGAAUUUGGCCACCCUAAACUGCACCAUGAGCCAACACUUGCAGGCCUUGCUAAAGGGCGAGACGUCUCAGAACCAGAAAGACUGGAAAGAGGAGGGACUGUUCAACUUCUCCUACAGCUUACUCUUUAAGGCAGGCUACCUGACGCUGUUUGGAGGAGAGCAGAACAACAACAGCACAGAUCCCUCAAGUGUCUACGAGGAGUUCAGGAAGUUUGAUGGACUCUUAACCAAAAUGGCAAGGGGCACACUGAAAGCAGAGGAGAAGAGGACGGCGCAGAGAGUUCAGAAGAGGCUCUUGGAGCUUUUGGCUCCAGCGGGUCUGACUGAGGAGUCCGGGUCGAGCCCCUGGCUUCAUGCUUACAGGCGGCUCCUGCAGGAGGAGGGGACAAACGAGGAAAUGCAGACAAAGGCUUUGUUGAUGCAACUCUGGGCCUCACAGGGUAAUGUUGGUCCUGCUGCAUUUUGGCUGUUGGGCUUCUUGUUGACAAAUCCUGAAGCUCUGGUGGCGGUGAGGAGGGAGUUCAGCCAGAUCUCACAGAUGGAAACCUCGGAGACUCCUCUCAUGGGCAGACCAGCGAACACCCCCGUGUUUGACAGUGCCCUGGAAGAGGCACUGAGACUUACUGCCGCCCCCUUCAUCACGAGAGAAGUGGUGCAGGACAAGAUCCUCCACAUGGCAGAUGGCCAGAAGUACCUGCUAAGAAAAGGAGACAGAGUGUGUAUGUUUCCCUUCAUCAGCCCUCAAAUGGACCCUGAGAUUUACCAUGAGCCACAGAAAUACAAGUACGAUCGCUUCCUCAAUGAGGAUGGAUCGGUGAAGAAGGACUUUUACAAAGGAGGGAGGCGGCUGAAAUAUCACACCAUGCCAUGGGGCGCAGGGACCAAUGGCUGUGUGGGAAAGCGGUUCGCCGUCAAUACCAUCAGACAGUUUGUUUACGCGGUGUUGACUAACUACGACUUGGAGCUCUGUAACCCAAGUGCUCAGAUGCCAGAGAUAAAUGCCAGCCGUUAUGGAUUUGGGAUGCUACAACCUGAGGGGGACUUGCUCAUCCGCUACAAGCCUAGAAAUGCACACUAGGAAAACGACUCACUUACACACAUUUCAACGUUGUUUAUAGUGUCAAUAAGUAGCCCUUUGUACUUUUGUAUUCUAUAUUUAUGUAUAAUAGUGUGCAAUUAUUUUUGUUAUUUAUCAAUAAAUGUGAAUAAGACAAAA